AUGUUCUCUCUUCAUAUUGGUUCUAUGUCCUGGUUUGAACUCACAUCUGGUGCCUUUUCUAUCAUCCUGAUACUCCUUUGCCUGUAUAACCUUGCUCUUCCCAAGCCUAUUCCCGGAAUACCGUAUAACAAACAUGCCACAAAACGCCUCCUCGGAGACCUUCCAGACCUGAUGAAGCAUCAGAAGCAUACUGGAGAGCAACGUCGAUGGUUUCCGUUGCAAAACCAGAAGUUCGACUCCCCAGUCUGUCAAGUAUUCAUCCGCCCGUUCGGAAAGCCGAGAGUGGUUCUAUCAGACUUUCGAGAGGCGCAAGAUAUCCUUUCGAAACGGUUGAAGGAUUUUGACCGCAGUGAUAGAGCCCGGGAGGCAUUCGCGGGAAUCGUCCCCCAUCAGAUGCUCUCUUAUCAAACCGUGUAUCCCAAGUUCAAGAAGCACAGAGAGCUGAUGAGGGAUCUCAUGUCACCAAAGUUUCUCAACCAGGUCUCAGGUCCAGAGAUAUAUUCCAAAGUCAACACUCUGGUCAGACUCUGGCAUGAGAAGUGCUUGCAUGCCGCCGAGCAUCCGUUCGAUGCAAAGACAGAUCUCAAGAGAGCUACUCUCGACGUUGUUACAGCUGUUUCAUUUGGCCUAGCCGAUGAGAACAGUGCUACUAGGCGGCAACUGGACGACAUGUUGGCCAGAUCUACCGCGGGUGUUACAUGCACGCAGCCCGACAACAAAAUUGUGGCUUUCCCCGUUCAUCCCUUGACAGCAGAGCUAGAUGCAACCUUGACUAUUGUUGAGAGCUCAGCAGUUGGCUUCUCGUCGCCGAUACCCCGAUGGCACUAUUGGGUCAUCAGCCAGUUUCCGUUUCUGAGAAACGCCGCCAGAGUUAGGGAGGAGUGGACGCGACGUGAGAUCGACAAGGCGGUCGAGGCAAUCUCCAUAGAUGGCUCCGAUAACGAAUGGGCAACACGUUCGGCACUAGAGUUCAUGGUACUUCGAGAAGCAGCCGCUGCUAAGAAGGCACAGAGACUCCCAAGGUUCCAUCGCCGGCGUAUCUAUGACGAACUGUUUGGGUUCAUCAUUGCAGGUCAUGAUACAACGGGUGCUACUCUCUCAUGGGGGGUGAGAUACAUUGCGGAUGCUCCGCAAGCACAAGAAAAACUCCGAUCACUUCUUCAAAAUGCCUUCUCCCCCGCUCUUGCGGAGCAUCGCCAGCCGACGAUUAACGAGAUAACCAGUACGUCUAUUCCAUAUCUUGAUGCUGUCAUCGAGGAGAUAUUGCGUCUCAGUGUGGUACUCCCAAUCGUAAGUCGAGAAUCAAUGGUCGACACAACUAUUCUCGGACACGCCAUUCCAAAGGGCACCACCGUGUUCUUUGCGCUCAACGGACCCAGUCUGAUGAAGCCGGCGAUCAAAAUCCCUGAGACCAUUCGAAGUCAGAGCUCGCAGGAUACAAAGAACAGGUACGGAGAGUGGAGCGCAGAAGAUGUCGAGCAGUUCAUACCUGAGCGAUGGAUAGAUGUCGACGAGAAAGGCGUUGAGACUUAUAACGCUAUGAAGGGCCCGUUCCUCACGUUUGGCAGCGGACCACGAGGCUGCUAUGGAAGGAGACUUGCUUACCUGCAGCUUCAGAUUUUCUGGGUGUUGCUUAUGUGGAACUUUGAGUUUCUCCCCGUUGAUCCAGAGCUCAGGACUAGGGAUGUUAUAGAGCAUGCUGGGGUAGAGCCGCGCGAGAGUUAUGUACGACUGAGAAAGGUAGGGAGUACUUUGUGA